AUGCUCUUCUCGAUACUUCUGAGCCUGCUGGCUGAAGUCCCUGCCACACAUGCUACACUGGGCUCAAAGGGAUAUGAUAUUCUAUCACCGCAUGGAUUGGGAAAAGCCUUUGAUGCUCAUCUGGUGACGCGACAGUCGUCGCCUCCCAUCACGACCGAUCCUGAUUGUGCCCUGUAUGACGGCUAUUUCUACACGACGCCACGGAACUACACUUGGCAAUUGCAGUGCUCGAACUCUUAUGGCGGUACGGUCCUGGCGCAGACGACCGACACCAUCGACCUGGGCUCCUGCAUCACCGAGUGCGUGAACUACAACCGCGACACCACACCGGGAGUGUGUGUGGCGGUCACAUUCUCUAGUUCGUAUAGUGGGUCAGAUACUGUCUGCACGCAGUACAGCAGUGUUGACGAGGUCUACCUCGCGUCUGAAGAAGGAGGAUUCGUGAAUUCGGCGCUGCUAAUCUUGGGGCCGGACGGAGAAAUAUUUGCGACUCCGCAACCCGAACCAACUUUCACUGGAGCGCCGACUCAACCGCCUGACAUCGAUCCAGUGCCCAGUCGAACGACGUCCAUUGAGAUCACAACAACGAGUACACUGUUCAUAACCACGAACCCGUCCGCUGUGGUUACUUCCUACAUUGCGUCCACUACCACUACAACUUCGACCAGUACAAUUUUUAUCACGUCAUGCCUACCAGAUCAGUCAUGUCAGCCAGAUGCGACGCCUAACUCUCCGUCAUCCGAGCCGAGCACGCCAGGUGGGAUUGGUUCUGGGACCACAAGCACACCGUCCAUCAGUAUCAGUGAUGGCGGCUCAAGACCAAUCACCUCAAUGACAAGCACUACGAACGUGGGACUUGUUUCAAGAAGCACUACAUCAGGCGCUAUCACUCUGGAUGCCGGUCAAAGAACAUUCACAAAGGUUGUGCCCUUCACCGAGUAUCGAAUCCAAAUCAUCGAGAUCUGUGCAGCAACGCCUACGCCUUGCCCCCAGUCAUUGAGCACCGCCACCAAUGUUAUGUACAAGACGGAGAUAUCUUGCUCGCCAGGCGCAUGUAUGAACGUGGUGCCUACAACUGGGUAUUUGGUCGAUGCAAUUGCCGGGGCAACCUGUGUCGUCGUUCAGUAG